AUGGCGGGGCUAGCGAAGAUGAAGAAGAAGCUGCUGCCGCUGCAGACGGGCGGCGGCGUGCGCGCCCCUGACUCGGGCGGCGUGGGGGAAAUGCCCGCCAUGGCCAACGACCCGUACGCGUCGUAUAAGGUCAGCGAGGAAGGGCACAUCAACCUAAUGAGUCAGUCUUUCAACGAGUACGCGAUCAGCGAGCAGGGGUUGCAGGUGAACAAGGAGGGGCAGCACUCAGAGGACAGCAGCGCGGGCGGCGAGAAGACGUACCGCUGUGCUUCUAACGAGAUGCUCGUGUUCGGCGCCAUCGGGUCGGGGGCGAGCAGCGUUGUGUGUAAAGCCAUACACAUACCCACGCACCGCCUGCUCGCCCUAAAAAAAGUCAACGUGUUUGAAAAGGACAAGCGGCACCAGCUGCUGAACGAGAUCCGCACGCUGUGCGAGGCGCCGGCAGCGCCGGGGCUGGUGGAGUUCUACGGCGCGUUCUACCAGCCCGACAGCGGGCAGAUCAACAUCGCCCUCGAAUACAUGGACGGCGGGUCGCUCGCCGACGUGGUGCAGGUCACCAAGACCAUCCCCGAGAACGUGCUGUCCGCCAUCACGCGGCGCGUGCUGCAGGGCAUGCAGUUUCUGCACACGGACCGGCGCAUGGUGCACCGCGACAUCAAGCCCGCCAACCUGCUGCUCAACCUGAACGGCGUGCCCAAGAUCACCGACUUUGGUAUCAGCACCGGUCUCGACCACUCCCUCGCCAUGUGUGCAACGUUCGUGGGAACAGUGACGUACAUGUCACCGGAGCGCAUAGCCAAUCAGAACUACUCCUUCCCCGCUGACAUCUGGAGCCUCGGCCUCGCGCUGCUGGAGUGCGGCACCGGCACGUUCCCAUACACGGCUGACAAAGGGCCCAUCAACCUCAUGCUGCAGGUGAUGGAGGACCCCGCGCCCACGCUGCCGCCCGGCUACUCAGCGGAGUUCCAGUCGUUUGUCAACGACAGCCUCGAGAAGGACCCCUUCCAGCGCCCCACCGCUGAAGUUCUGCUGCAGCAUCCGUUCAUAACCAAGCAUGCGGACGAGGACGUGGACCUAGCGGGGUACAUUCAGAACGUGGUCAAUCCCACCGAGCGCCUCAAAGACCUCUCCAAUAUGCUGAUGGUGCAUUACUACAUGCUGUUUGAUGGGCCCGACAAGAUGUGGUCGCACAUAGAGAGCUUCUACAAGCCCGACGCCACCCUCAUGUUUGGGCACCGGGUGUACACGGGGGGGGAGCAGAUAUUUGCGACGCUGACGUCGAUCCGCACGAUGAUGCUAGGAGAGGCCAAGUCGGAGCGCCUCGUGCACACCAUCGAGAACCUCGAGUGCUGCGCGUACGGGCGCCGCGGCGUCAUGGUGCGCGUGUCGGGCGCGCUCGUGGUGGGGCGGCAGUUCAUCCCGCCGCCCGGCACGCAGGUGGAGGGCAUCACGAGUGGGGGUGCGACGGGGUACAAGGGGCAUGGGAAGAAGCUGGGCAGCUUCAUCGAGCUGUUUGUGAUCGAGCCGGGGGAGGCGUCAGGGUCGUACCUGGUGGCCAAGCAGGAGCUGUACGUGCAGAAGACGCCCGCACGCCCCACUCCAGCAGGCAUGCGGAGCAACCACCUGUUGGCGCAGCCGCUGUCGGCUUGCAUUUCGCCGACCGCCAUGCACCCCCACUGCACGUUCUCCCCCGACUGCUCCAUCGAUACCUCCGCGCCCCACACUUCCGCGCCGCCCGCCCAUGCCCGCUCCGCCUCCGCCGCUGCGGCAACGCUGGACGGACUGCCCAGCGACAAGCUUAAAUCGCAGCCGUCCAUUUCGGAGGAUGAUCGCGACAGCGCGACCGCAGCACCCGCGUGCUCCGAGCUCGCGGGGGAGGCGGAGCCGUACGGGGAGAAUGCGGAGCGCACCGCCAAGUCCGCGAGGCUCUUGAAGGAGUCGAUCGACUCCAGCCGCGGGGGCGACGGCGCGCUUCUGGUCGACCCCUACGCUGGUCUGCUGACCGCGGCGGAGGGAUCAGAGCGGGAGAGAGAAUCAGGGGGACAAGGGGAUGCGGGAGAUGAUGCGGAGGAGGCGGCGGGGGAGGCGGCGUCGUAUCUGGUGGCGACGCGAUUUCUGGACGACGCGAUUGAAGAGGCGGUGGCGCAGCUCGCGGGCGGCACAGAGGAGGUCCGCCAGGUUGUUCUUCUAACGGAUGGGUGUGACACGCGCCCAUACCGCGUGGCGUGGCCGCGCCCCUUGGUGGUGUUUGACGUGUCGCCCGCCGCGCCUUACACCGCCUGCCACAAGCUCCUCCUUGAGGCUGGAGCGCGGCCUUCCUGUGGAUCGGUGGUGCGCCACGUGUCAGCUGACCUGUCCACUGGGGAGGACUGGCGGGACGAAGGUUGGGGCGAGAAGCUGCAGAGGCUCGGGUACAGAGGAGACAGGCCGAGCCUGUGGGUGGUGCAGGGCCUGCCCCACCUGUCCCCGUCAGGCCUGAAGGCCAUUCUGGGCCAUCUGCAGGGGCUGCUCAUGGCAGGCUGCCAAGUCAUUGGGGAGGUGCCUUUGCAGGCCAUCACUCCCCAGGCGGCUGCUGGCACAGCAGGAACAGAGCCACAAGAGGACUCUUUGGUUGCUGUCGCUGCUCUCUCCUCCCUAUUUGCCUCCCAUGGACUUCUGGCUGAAGUGCAUUCAUUUGUCUCAGUUGCUGCCCUGUAUGCUCAACAGUGCCCCACAGCCCGCUCUCUCCUAGAUAGUUUGGACAGGACUGAUGGGCCAGCACCGAGGAAUAUGAUGCUGUUUUCGGCAACACAGCAGCGAAUGUCGGAUGCACAGAUUGAGCUUCUGACAGAAGAGAUGCGCAUUGCAGAGGCCUGGGGCGAUGAAGAAGGCUUUGAGGACCUCAAAGUCAAGUACGAGCUCGACAAGAAGUCCGGCCUUAUCAAGGUCGACCGGAUCCUUUACUCUUCGGUGGUGUACCCUCACAACUAUGGGUUCAUCCCGAGGACUCUCUGCGACGACAACGACCCAAUGGAUGUCCUCGUCUUGAUGCAGGAGCCAGUGAUUCCUGGAUGCUUCCUUCGCGCCAGGGCCAUUGGGCUUAUGCCUAUGAUUGAUCAGGGAGAGAUGGACGACAAGAUCAUUGCUGUGUGCGCCGACGACCCAGAGUACAAGCAUUUCAAGUCUAUUGACGAGCUCCCGAGGCACAGACUGCAAGAAAUCAAGCGUUUUUUCGAGGACUACAAGAAGAACGAGAAUAAGGAAGUCGCAGUCAACACUUUCCUCGGCGCCACGGAAGCCAUUGAAGCUGUGAAGAAAUCCAUGGAUUUGUACGGCCAAUACAUCCUGGACAGCUUGCACAAGUAA